UUCCCCGCCGCCGUUUCAACCUCGCUGCCCCAUCCCAAAUCAGUCUCUCCUCGGUCUCUCUCCUCCCUGCGCCGCCACCCCCACCGCCACGGCGCCUGCCGGUGAACCCCUCCGUUGGCGACCAUCGCGCUCGCCACCGCCCUCCCCACUGCUCGGCUCCUCCUGCGCGGGCGCAUGGCCUCCUCCGCCUCUGUUGCGGCCCUCGUCUCCCUCCCCUUUCCCACUUGCCCCUCCUCCGACGACUCCGACGACGCCAAGCCCCUUCCGCCUCCACCCACGUCGGGACAAACCUUCCCUCCGCCGCAGCAGCAUCAGCAGAGGCCGCAGUGGUGGCAGCUGGAGCGCGACUGCAACGUGGCCAUGAAGGCCCUGGCGCGUGCCGGCGAAGUCGACCAGGUGCUCGCCCUCUUCACCGAGCUCAGGGCUUCCAGAGCCGGCUCUGAUGGUGCCUCGCCGCCCAAUGUGCUCUGCUACAACACUCUCGUCAACGCGCUUGCAGAAGCUGGCCGCGUGGAGGAGGCCCACCACGCAUUUGACGAAAUGCUUGCAGCAGGUGUGGCGCCCAAUGCAUCGUCCCUCAACAUCCUUGUCAAGCUGCAUUCGUGGAGAUCUGCGCGGUUUGACCUCGCGUACAAGGUGAUCAUCCGGUUGCAAGAGCUCGGGGUGGAAGCUGACGUGGGCACCUACUCCACGCUUGUCACGGGGCUAUGCCGUGUGGGGAGGGUGGAAGAGGCAUGGGGCGUGCUCGAGUGGAUGCUGGAAGUAGGGUGCCGUCCCAUGGUACAAACUUACACGCCCAUUGUACAUGGAUAUUGCCAUGAAGGUCGUGUCGACGAGGCCAAGGAGCUGAUGUCCACGAUGGUAAAUGCUGGUUGUCCUCCCAAUGUAGUCACCUACAAUGUUCUGAUCAGGGCUUUGUGUGAUGCUGCCAGAUUUGAUGAAGUCAGGCAAGUUUUAACGGAUAGUAGAACCAAGGAUUGGAAACCCACUACUGUCACCUAUAAUACGUUUAUGAAUGGUCUCUGUAAGAAAGGUAUGGCUAAGGAGGCACUUGAGCAGUUGGAUGUUAUGCUAGGCGAAGGGCUGGAUCCCACAGAUUUUACUUUCAGCAUUCUUCUGAAUUGCCUUUGCCAUGACUCGAGGAUUCCCGAUGCCAUAUGCUUGCUGGAGAGGAGCACAUCGUUGAAAUGCUAUGCUGGUGUUGUUGCGUACAACACUGUGAUGAGCAGGUUAUGUGAAAUGGGACAUUGGAUGGGUGUUCUAAAGUUGUUGACAGACAUGAUCAAGAGAGGUGUCAUGCCAAGCACGAGGACGUUCAACAUUGUCAUUCGUAGUCUUUGCUUUGGCCGAAAGUUCUCCAUAGCCAAGAGCCUCGCAAGUAACCAAGGUUUUGCUGCAAAUGUUGUGACAUACAAUACGCUCAUUUAUUUUGUUUUUUACUACCAUCGAAAGCUCAGUGAGGUGAAGCACCUAAUAUUUGACAUGCUAGCAGAGAGGAUUGCUCCAGAUGAAGUUACCUACACUAUAAUUGUUGAUGGAUUUUGCAGAGAUGGAUUUUUUGAUACAGCCACUGGUUACUUUCUAGAAUCACUUAAGAUUGGACUGUCAAGGGAUCUUUUUGCUGUCCUUACAAACAGGCUUGCUCACAAUGGCAAAAUCUGGGAGACUAUUCACAUAUUCAAGGGAAUGGAAGAAAAAGGUUUUCUCCCUGAUAAUUCUAUAUUUGACCUCACAAUCAGAACAUUCUGUAGGGCUGGUUAUUGUAAUGAAAGAGAGAUGUUUAAGCUUAACUUUAUUUUGGAUACAAUGUGGGAAAGCAGUGAAGUCAACCCUUUUGUAUAUAGGAAAGAGGGCAAUAAUUGAAGGGCUUAAAACCGAGUACAUGAGGUGCGUUUUCAGUACUACUAUGCCCGAGGAGGAGGUUAGCCUUGAUGGGCAGGUGGUGCCUCAGAAGGACACCUUUCGAUAUUUAGGGUCAAUGCUGCAGAAGGAUGAGGAUAUCGAUGAAGACGUGUACCAUUGAAUCAAGCCGGAUGGAUGAAGUGGCGCCAAGCUUCUGGCAUUCUCUAUGACAAUAGAGUGCCACAAAAGCUAAGAGGCAAGUUCUAUAGGAUGGCGGUUCGACCCGCAAUGUUUUAUUGCGGUGAGUGUUGGCCGACUAAAAGGUGACAUGUUCAACACUUAGGUGUGGCGGAUGUGUGGUCACACAAGGAAGGAGAGUCUGGAAUGAUGAUAUACGAGAUAGAGUUGGGGUAGCACCGAUUGAAGAGAAGCUUGUCCAACAUCGUCUAAGAUAGUUUGGGCAUAUUCAGCGCAGCCCCAGAAACUCCAGUGCAUAACGGAUGGCUAAAGCGUGCCGAUAAUCUCAAAAAAGGUCGGGAUAGACCGAACUUGACAUGGGAGGAGUCCAUAAAGAGGGAUUUGAAGGACUGGAGUAUCACAAAAGAAAUAUCCAUAUAUGGGGGUGCGUGGAAGCUUGCUAUCCAUGUGCCAGAACCAUGAGUUGGUCGCGAGAUCUUAUGGGUUUCACCUCUAGCG